AAAUAUUGUGAUUUUUUUCGUAAUUUUUCUUGGAUAUAUAUAUAUUUUUCCCCUCGUUCAUUAUCGUACUUCAUACUUCAUCAUGACUGAACAGACACCCAAAGUACCCAAGCUUAAGACUUUGUCCCCGCCUUCGUUUCAACUGAUGCCUUUCUGGCCCGACAACAUCGAAGCCUGGUUUUGCUACGCAGAAGCCGACUUCCACGAGCACGGCGUGAUCGACACACGUGCACAAUUCCUCGCAGUAGUCAAGGCACCACCGCGCGAAUUCAACAGGUACGUAACACCUAAUAUGUUUACUAGUGAUGUUUCCGAUCCUUACGAAAUCUUAAAACGCUCGAUUCUUAAACGAGGAGAUCUAACUGAUCGACAAAGGUUAGAUCAACUCUUCAACAAUAUCGACCUGCAACACGGUUCUGCGACGGACAUGUUGCAACGGAUGAGAGAGGUUAUAGGCCCAAGAACUUUCGACGAAGGUCUAUUCAAACAACUCUUCUUGUCAAAACUUCCACAACAGGUGCAGGCAGUUCUGGUCUCGUUCCAGAACAACGCCUUAGACGAGCUAGCUGCAUCUGCCGACCGCAUUUUAGAAAUUACGAAAUCUACUACCGAGGUAUUUUCAGUCAAAGAAAAACCUCAAACGACUCAGAAUGAUAUAACCGACUUAUGUCACACACUCACGCGUUAUCUUAGUCUUCGUACCGACCGUAAGAGAUCGUGCACACCACGUAGAAGCAUUUCUCGUAAGCGAUCUGUCUCUAGACCACGAGAGACAGAUAACCCCGACUGGUGCUGGUAUCAUAACCAGUAUGGAAAGCUUUCCAGAAAUUGCAGGAAACCCUGCAAUUUUCCCAACACGAAACCGACUGAUUCAAAAAACAAUUCGGGAAACUUCCGAGCCGGCACGCGUUAACGGCAAUCGUAGCCGGCGAACAAAGCCGUCUGUUAUUCGUCACAGAUGUGACAACGAGAGUUCGCUACCUCGUCGACACUGACGCAGAAGUUAGCAUUCUCCCAGCAAAUCCUAACGACCGACUUCACGAAUCGACCCUAAACUUACAGGCGGCAAACGGAAAACCGAUCGCUACGUAUGGCAAAAGGUACGUUUACCUUAACGUGGGUUUACGCAAACCCAUCCACUGGAUUUUCGUUGUUGCAGAUGUUUCUAUGCCAAUCAUUGGUAUGGACCUUCUACAACACCAUAAUCUGAUCAUCGAUACGCGCAAACGGAGGCUAGUAGACGGAAACACUCAUUUGUCCGUUUACGUAACUUCUUUUACUGGUUGUAGAGUAUCCCCAGUCACAGUUAAACAUAUGAUAGACCCACUCUAUCAACCACUACUCGAUAAGUACCCUGGGAUACAACAAACUCAACCGAAACUACCGUGUGUAACCAGCAACGUUACACAUCACAUCACGACUACAGGACCACCUGUAUUCUCUAAAGCACGACGACUAGCUCCUGAAAAGCUAAGGUUAGCGAAAAACGAAUCCGAUCACAUGAUGGACUUAGGACUCAUACGACCGUCAAGUAGCCCAUAUGCAUCUCCGUUGCACAUGGUCCCUAAAAAGGACAGCAACGAUUGGCGUCCAACUGGUGACUAUCGGCGAUUGAACGCGAAAACCAUUCCCGAUCAUUACCCGUUGCCUCACAUUCACGAUCUGACAGCUACUUUGAAAGGUACAACUGUCUUUUCGAAAAUCGACUUGGUUAAAGCGUAUAACCAAAUCCCUAUGGCUACUGACGACAUACCGAAAACAGCUAUCAUAACUCCUUUCGGACUCUAUGAAUUUUUGCGAAUGCCUUUCGGUCUAAGGAAUGCUGCUCAAACAUUCCAAAGAUUCAUAGACGACGUUUUUCGAGGUCUCAACUUCGUACACGCGUAUGUUGAUGACUGUCUAAUCGCAAGUCCGGACAGAGAAUCACAUCUCAAGCAUCUGGAUCUUGUUUUCGAACGACUGCAAAAACAUGGCAUUACUGUAAACGUUCAGAAAUGCCAAUGCGGAACCGACUCGUUAGACUUCCUAGGACACACUCUCGAUGCUCAAGGCAUUCGACCUCUUAGGACCAAAGUGGCGGCCAUUCUGGAUUACCCAGAACCGACCACCGUCAAGCAAUUACGCACGUUUAACGGCCUCGUAAGUUUCUAUAGACGUUUCAUACCGAAAUGCGCAUUACUCAUGGAACCUCUAACCGACCAACUUCGUGGAAAUGCGAAAUCCAUUAAUUUGGACGACACCGCACGAAAAGCAUUCUCCACAGUUAAGGAACUGAUUGCUAAAGCAACAAUGCUCGCACAUCAGGACACCGAAGCACCCAUUAGUAUCGCAGUAGACGCAUCCGACUCGGCAAUCGGAGGAGUCUUACAACAAUGGGUUAACAACUCCUGGCAACCCUUGGCAUUUUUCUCUAGACGGUUGCUGGACACCGAAUCGAGGUACAGCACAUUCGGUAGGGAACUCCUAGCUAUGUAUUGUGCUGUAAGACAUUUUCAACACUACAUCGAAGGCCGUGAAUUCACUCUUUUCACGGACCAUAAACCGCUCACUUUCUCGUUAAGCUCUCCUUCUGACAAGUACUCUCCCCGUGAGCCUCGACAACUGGACUACAUUUCGCAGUUUACUUCAGACAUUCAACACAUCUCUGGAGCAAACAAUGUAGUUGCAGACGCUUUAUCUCGCAUAACUUCCUUGAACAGUUUCCAAGGAAUCGACCUUCUAAAACUCGCCGAGCUUCAAAAAGAAGACAGUGAUCUUCAGCACGAGUUAUCGUCCACAACACUUAAACUACGCAUCAAACAGAUGGGAACAGGUAAGGAAACCUUACUUUGUGACACAUCUACAGGUAGGGAUCGCCCAAUCGUGCCGAAACAUUAUCGACGCAAUGUCUUCAACACAUUGCACAAACUUUCGCAUCCAGGUGUUCGUGCAAUCAUCAAGCUUAUAGCAGAACGGUUUUGCUGGCCUGGAAUGAAUAAAGACGUGAGGGAGUGGGCACGCUCCUGUGCGAGCUGCCAAAAAUCUAAGGUUAUCAGACACAAUAAAUGUCCCUUAGGCUCGUUUAAAACUCUCGAUGCUCGUUUCGACCAUGUUCGUCUGGAUUUGGUAGGACCUUUACCAGAUUCAAAUGGAUACUCUUAUCUCUUAACCCGCGUAGACCGUUUCACUCGAUGGCCAGAAGCAGUACCUAUCAAGGACAUCACUGCUGAAACAGUGGCCCGCACCUUCGUCGAACGAUGGGUAGCAAACUUCGGUUGCCCUUCAACCAUCACUACAGAUCGCGGACGUCAGUUUGAAUCUGAUCUUUUCCGUCCCCUGACCACACUAUUAGGAAGCACUCGCUUCCGAACGACCGCCUACCAUCCACAAGCAAACGGGUUGGUAGAACGUUUUCACCGACAACUAUUCAUUAAAGGCAAACAAGUAUACGAAGAUCCCAAACUUAUCACAGAAUUAUUCAGUGAACAUUUUUGUUUCUCACUAACUAACGAAAAACCAUUUAAUGAUUCAGAACCAAUCCCAGUAACUCCCUGUGAAAUUACUAAUGUAGAAUUCAGUGUACAAAAUAUCUCCAAAGCAAUCAGUACAUUGAAACACUCCUACACUGAUGGACCAGAUGGUAUUCCAUCUAGCAUGCUAAAACGCGGAGGUGAUGAUAUGUGUGUUUUGCUUCUCAAACUAUUCGCGAUAUCACUCUCUUCAGCGUGUUACCCUACUGCCUGGAAAACUACACAUAUCAUUCCCAAAAUUAAAACAGGACCUGAAGCAAACGUUGAAAAUUACCGGCCUAUAAACAUAACUUCAGUGGUAUCCAGAGUGAUGGAAAAAGUAGUUAAGGCGGCUGUAGUCCAACAUCUAUUAACUAACAAUCUCUUGUCGACCUCCCAGCAUGGAUUUCUUAGGUCCAGAUCAUGCGAUACAUGCCUAGUAGACUACCUGAAUGAUAUAACUCUGAAACGAGACAGCGGACUCCUUGUAUCAGUCCUAUUCCUAGACUUUAAGAAAGCCUUUGAUAAGGUCCCACACAAAAGGCUACUCGUCAAACUAAAGUCCUUCGGAAUACACAACCCACUGUACUCAUGGUUUGCUUCGUUCUUAACAGAACGUAAACAGAUGGUAAAGUACAAUGACUGUCUCUCGUCCCCUAGACCAAUCACUAGUGGAGUCAUCCAGGGAAGCGUAUUAGGGCCACUUUUGUUUCUUAUGUAUAUAAACGAUAUAUGUAACACCAUAGAAUUUGGGAAACCGUACUUAUAUGCUGAUGAUCUCAAAAUAGUAUACAGCUAUAAGCCUGAGACACUAAGCGAAAGUGUAUCCCAGAUCCAAAAGGACCUCAAUAACUUAACUAUAUGGAGUGAAAAAUGGCAAUUACCAUUUAACCUCAACAAGUGCGGGAUCAUGCACUUUGAAAAGCAUCCCUAUAAACCGCGACUUCACUUAAAUGAAUGUAUAGUCCAAACACUCGAAUCAGUACACGAUUUAGGAAUUAAUUACACAGGAAGCCUAAACUUUGAAGAACAUGCCUCCUCUAUUAUUUCUAAAUCUAGACGGCUAAUUGGUUUUAUAAUGAAAAACUUUUUCACAACAGAGAGUAAACUUACUCUCUACAAAAUAUGUGUACGACCCACCCUUGAAUACUGCUCUUUUGUCUUCUCUAAUAUGAAUAUCGCAGACAAGAUAAGAGUAGAAGAUGUUCAAAGACGUUUCACACGUCAACUACUAGGAUGUAACUCGAAUCUCGAUUACACAGACAGAUGUAAGCAUCUAUCUUUAGAACCUUUAUGGCAUCGUAGGCUAAAACACAAUUUAAUAUUUCUCUACAAAGCGAUAUAUGGGCUCUCCUUUUUAACCUCCUGCCCGACUAUCACCCACGACCCAGCCUAUAGACUUAGAAACAAUGCAUAUACACUACUUACCGUAAAACACCAAAAGCAAAUGCUUUGUAAGUUCUUUACAGUACGGUACAGUUUAUUGUGGAACAGGCUGCCAAUGCCUAUCCGUAACUGUGAUACGUUUACCAGAUUCAUAAAGCUAAUAACCCUAUUUCUAGACUCCAAAGAGCUUCAACAUUACCUUGAACUCCCGCCCACCGAUGAGGCACUUUAUUACGGACCGCCUAGUAUCUAGAAAGAACAGAAUUAUAACAAGUUCGACUGUUACUAAUCUAAAUAUAACCAAAUCACAGGAUAUAUGGCUUAUCCUUUCCUAUUAUUCAUUGUUUAUUAAUCAUGAUUUCAUGCUCCUAACCCUAGCUUUCAGUCCCCAAAUCUCUACAGGUUAAAUGUGCAUUAUUCUUCCUAAAAGUCAUGCUUUUUUUUCUACUGCAAGUAGACAGAUAGCUCAAUCUUAUGGUUGCUGAUCUACUAAGGCCGAUCAUUCAAAGCUCAAAAUUUGGCCACAAAGUCUUGUGAGUUUCUCAAUGUUUUAUUUUUCUCACCCUAAAGUCUUUUUCUUUUUUUUUUUCUACAAUUUUAUACCCUCUCAUAUCUUUUGGUUUACUAUUAAUCCUUACUUCUUUAAACCAUUAGUUAUUUUCAUAGCAGUGUGAUAUACUAUAUGGACAUCUAACCCAUAAAGCAGAAUUUUUAAAUAUCUGAUUUGCUUGUAACAUGGACCUAGUAGAGACAGUGUAUUCCAACUAUGUGCUUUGAUUAAAGCAUUAAUCAUACUUACCACAAACGUAAGAGAGCCUAACAUCACAAAAGGAGGGAGGGUGGCGUUACUGACCAGCAAACAUGAAGGUGGGGAGAUAACUUCAAUCCACCCAUGUCUGUAGGGCAGAACAUUUUGUUUAAUUACGGCUCCUUAUGGUUUAGUGGGAUGUCACGGACUUAAGGUAUUGAAGCUGAUUUAUCACGAAAAAUACCUCUUUAAAUCGUGUUACGAACGUUGAAUUGGUUUCACUUCAUACUCAGAAAUCCUAUUACAAGCAAACUAGACAAUUCGCUAAUAUACGAAGCCUACUCAAGACCCUAUAAAACCUGAAAAAAAAGAAAUAAAAAAAAACGAAAGGGGCUCUAAUAGCUUCGAUAAUAAAAGGGAGAUAGCCAGUUGUAUAUCACAAUACUGUUUCUAGCACUAUAUUUUAUUUUAUAAUCACACAUAAUCUUAUACUCUCAGCUCUUUUCCGAAUCGCCUCCAUUUGUCAGUUGUAUGUCCACUCACACCUUGCUAAAGCUUAUUUUCUUUAACCUAUUAAAAUGCUCUUUCUUAACAAAUACCUUAAUAAAAGAAAAUUAGACUGAGUAAUCAUACCUUAAACAUUCCUACAUGAAUAUUGGCUACUCUGCCUCUCGUGUUUUCUUUUACUUGCUCCCUCUUUCAGCCCCCUUGAGAUAUGGAACAGGUUACUUCAUCCUGCACCAUCCUUAAAGCCUUGGAUAUCCCAAAGGGACAUAAGUUUGCGAUUUCUAGAAGCUCAUACCAUCAAUGGAUCUAUUCUUGACCAUCAGUCGCACAUUCGCAACGCAACUCUCGUGAAGCGCGCCAACUAUAAUACU